AUGAUUGAAGAUUGUGGUACUGGAAAUGAUAUUCCAGUUCCAUUAACCAAUAUUUCAAGUGAGAUUUUAGAGAUUGUUCUUGCAUUUCUUGAGAAACAUGCUAGUGAGGAAGAAGAUAGAGAUGAAGAUGAGAACCAAGAACUGAAAAAUUGCCAAGCCUGUGCUGAUUUGAUCAAACAUUUUCCACCAGAAAAGAUUAGCAAGAUUUUCAAUAUCAAGAAUGAUUUUACCCCUAAAGAAGAAGCAGAAGUUAGAAGAGAGAAUGCUUGGGAUUUUGAGUAG